GGUACACAGACACCCAGACACGCAGAGGCGCAGGGCUCGGGGCCUCGUAUGGACCCUGCGCCUCCCCUUGCACCAUCCAGGGCUGUCUGCGCACCCCGAUUCUCCAGGCUUCAGCUCCCUUCUUAGCCGGGGAUCUGCACAGCAUUGAGGGACCCAGGAGUCAACCUUGAGACCUUCAGCAACCCUAACCCUGGCCUUGACCUAGUCCCAGGUUCAGCCUGCCUUACCAUGACAAGGGAGUAUCAAGAUCUUCAGCAUUUGGACAACGAGGAGAAUGACCAUCAGCUCAGAAAAGGAUCCCAGAGCUGCUCCAGUCUCCCGUCUGUCCUUGAGACCCUGACACCUGCUCCUCUUGCAGGGCCACCUCCUCCCCAGCCACUCUUUCAACGCCUCUGCUCUGGAACCCGCCUCCUCCUGCUCUCCCUGGGCCUCAGCCUCCUGCUGCUGGUGGUUGUCUGUGUGAUCGGAUCCCAGAACUCCAAGUUGCAGGAGGAGCUGCAGGCUCUGAGAAAGACGUUCAGCAACUUCACAGUGAGCACGGAGGCUGAGGUCAAGGCCCUGAGCGUCCAGGGAGGAGGUGUGGGCAGAAAGAUGAAGUCCCUGGAGUCCCAGCUGGAGAAACAGCAGCAGGAGCUGAGUGAAGAUCACUCCAGCUUGCUGCUCCACGUGAAGCAGUUUGUGUCUGACCUUCGAAGCCUGAGCUGUCAGAUGGCCAUCCUCCAGGGCAAUGGCUCUGAAAGGACCUGCUGCCCGGUUAACUGGCUGGAGCAUGAAGGCAGCUGCUACUGGUUCUCUCGCUCUGGGAAGCCCUGGCCCGAAGCCGACAAGUACUGCCAGCUGGAGAACGCCCACCUGGUGGUGGUGGGCUCCUGGGAUGAGCAGAAAUUUGUCCAGCACCACAUGGGCCCUGUGCACACCUGGAUGGGCCUCACUGACCAGAAUGGGCCUUGGAAAUGGGUGGAUGGAACCGACUACGAGACGGGUUUCAAAAACUGGAGGCCGGAGCAGCCGGACGACUGGUAUGGACACGGGCUUGGGGGAGGCGAGGACUGUGCCCACUUCACGGAGGACGGCCGCUGGAACGACGACGUCUGCCAGAGGCCCUACCGCUGGGUCUGCGAGACGGAGCUGAACAGGGACAGCUAGGAGCGUCCCUCCCCUAACUUAUUUCCUCAGUGCCUUUACCUGCCAAAGGGGCUGGGGUUGGGGACCAUCCUAUCUGGGGGCCUCCUCCACUUCCUCCAGUAUCUUCCUCUAGGAUUUGAAGGGAAGGGGGAAGGGCAGUGUCUGAGGAAUGUAGAAUGAUGUUUGGAGGGGCGGGGAGAUUGGAACCCAUGUCACUUUCUGCAGUUUGCUGGUUAUUAUUGUCAACUUUUUUAGAGUAAAAAGAAGAGAAAUAUAUGAAA